AUGUUAGUUUAUUUAAUAGUUUGCUUGUUAACUGUGAAAGUAACAAGUGAAGUUGUGGAUACGUCUCACGGCAAAGUAGCGGGAAAACUAUUCAAAAGUCUCAUUAAAAAUGUAGAAUAUUAUGGAUUCCUUGGCAUUCCUUACGCCGCGCCGCCUGUGCAAGAACUACGGUUUAAACCUCCACAGGCCAUUGAACCGUGGGACAAAGUGCUAACAGCAAAAAAAGAAAAACAAGCAUGUAUACAGUUCAACACCAACUUAUUAAAAGGCCAACGUCUUGGACAAUAUGGCACCGAGGACUGUCUCUACCUUGACAUUUUUACCCCGGGAACUGACCGAAACGAACGACCGGUUGUAACCUUUUUAUACAGUGAACGUUUUCAGAACUCAUACAAUAAGACCAAGGACUAUGGACCUGACUUUUUCAUAGAAGAGGACGUUAUAGUCGUAAGUAUAAGCCAUAGAUUAGCCGCAUUCGGUUUUUUGUCGCUUGAAGAUGCUACGGUACCAGGUAAUGCUGGAUUGAAGGAUAUAGUUAAAGCAUUAGAAUGGGUCAAAAAUAACAUUGGUAAUUUUGGAGGAGAUCCAAACAAAAUAACUUUAUUGGGUUCACAAGGUGGUGCUGUAGCGAUAGACCUUUUACUACACACAGAAGCUAAACGUCUUAUCAAUGCAGCUAUACUACAAAGCGGGACUGCACUUAGUCCGAUGUAUUUACAAAAUAACGCAGCGGAAAGAGCAUUUCUCCUUGCGGAACAACUAGAUAUAUUCACCAAAAAUAAAGAAAAACUGUUGAAAGAACUAAAUCAGGUGUCAACUUCGGACAUACUAUCGAAAGAAGUGAGGGCAGCUCCUAAAGAAUUCUACAAAGAGAAUCAAAAAAGUGUUCUCACCUUUGGACCUGUAGUUGAAAAAGAUUCUAAUGGUCUUGUUACUAAGUACCCGGAAGAUUCAACAGAUAAGAUCGAUAUUCCCAUAAUGAUAGGACACACUUCCCGAGAGGGUCUCGUAUCAUCAUUAAAUUACCUAACAAGACCAACAGAUCUCAGAUACAUAAACAAAGACUUCCCAUUUUUACUGCCAAUGAGAUUAAAAUACAAAUUCGACCCAAACUACGACGCGUACUACGAAGCUAUAGAAGACAUACGAAAAUUUUACUUCACCAAAAACAAAAUAACCGAAAACAGUAUAUCUGAUUACAUUACUUACGUGGGCGACGUCCUGACCUACUAUUCCAUGAACAAAAUGGCCGACAUGUAUUCCAAUUCAUCAUCGAGGGUGUACUAUUAUAAUUUCGACUACUAUAGCGAUCUGAAUGAGAACAAGAACAAUAUAUUGAGGAUAUCCAACAUUGAGGAGGGUACUUGGGGAGCGGCGACCGGAGAUGAGUUGUGUUACAUCUUCAAAUGCCCGAGACUAAAAGAUAAGUACUUGAGGUACGACCGCUCGGGAUCCGACGAAAUGACCACUCAGAGGAAAAUGACAAAAAUGUUCGCGAACUUCGCAAGAUUCGGCAACCCGACGCCUGACGCUAAUCUCCUGGGCACAAUAUGGCCGGCUUACAGCUCGGACCGGGAAUAUCUGAACAUCGCCAUGAAUGGAGAAGUGAUAGUUGAAACAGAUUCUGGUAAGGUGGCCGGUAAAGAAAUAGCAUCUGUGAUUGAGAAUGAGAAAUAUUAUUCGUUUUUGGGGAUCCCGUAUGCUCUGCCCCCUGUGGGAGAUCUGAGAUUCAAGGCACCACUACCCCACCCUGGUUGGGAAGAUGUCUUAGAAGCCAAAAGAGAGAAAAAAGCAUGUGCUCAAUUCUUUUUACCGGCAAGGCCUGUUAAAACAUACGGAUUCUUUGGCGACGAAGAUUGUUUACAUCUCAGCGUCCAUACUCCAAAACUACCAGAAAAUAAUGAGUUGAAUCUACCAGUGAUAGUAUUUACCUACAAUGAAUUCUUUAGGAGUUCUUUCAAUGGAUCUAAGGAGUAUGGUCCAGAUUUUUUCAUGAAUGAAGAUGUAAUUUUAGUAACAGUUAACCAUAGAUUAGGAUCGCUAGGAUUUUUAUCUUUUGAGGACGACAUUUUACCUGGAAACAAUGGUAUAAAAGAUGUGAUAUUAGCAUUAAAUUGGAUUAAAACUAAUAUAAGAAGCUUUGGAGGAGACCCAUCUAAAGUCACUCUAAUGGGAAAUCAAGGCGGCGGAGCGCUAGUAGAUAUUUUAGUCCAAUCCAAAAAAGCAAAGGGGUUAUUCAGUGGAGCUAUUCUUCAAAGCGGUACGUCCUUUAAUCCUAUGUAUUUUGGUAAAUCCCCGAGAUCCAAAGCCAUAAAGCUAUCUGAAGUACUCGAAGAGAGAGCUAGAACGAGUCAAUCUCUGCUGGAGCGUUUCUCUGGUGUUUCGGUUCAGAAAAUAGUAGAAUCAGAUUCGCUUACUGUCCACGCUGACGAUGCUCGAGCAAUCCAAAGAGGCAUAAUACCCUUCGGUCCUGAGGUCGAACACGAUCAUCCUGAUGCAAUAAUCACCAAGUUACCGGAAGAAGAACCCAUAGAAAUUGAUGUUCCUAUUAUGAUCGGUUUCAAUUCAAGAGAAGGAAUAGAAAUGACAGAGCGCUUUCUUCGUAAACCGCAGUACCUGACGUUCGCUGACAGAGAUUUUCUGCUAUCACUGCCUAAAAGAACAGACUUCCAUUUCAAAAUCAACGACCACAUAUACUAUGAAGCUGUUCAAGACAUUAAAGAGGAAUACUUUGAGGAGGCAUACAUCAAAAUUAGUAGACCGGGGGAGUAUAUAACUUAUAUAGAAGAUGUCAUGUCGGUUUUCGCCGUGGAUAAUACUGUACGAACAUACACUAAGGCUACUAACACUCCGAUAUAUUACUACAUGUUCGAUUACAGUGGGGACCUGAAUUUUAGAAAGAAACUAGUGCUAGAGAAGGCCCAAACUAUUGAUGGUACAUGGGGUGCGACGACUGGGGAUGAACUCUGUUACCUAUUCGUCUGUAACAAACAUAGAAAGGUAUACAAGAGUCUAUUAAAGAACGAAGAUUCCGAAGAAAUUAAAGUUUUACGGACUAUGGUUAAAAUGUGGACUGAUUUCGCUAAGACUGGGAAUCCGACGCCGACCGGGGAGUUUGUUUGGGCGCCGGCGACGAAGGAGAACAAAGAAUGUCUAAUUAUAAGCGAAGAAUUAAAAAUGCAAUCAAAACUUUACGACGACAAAGUUCGGUUUUGGGAGGAAUUCCUCGAGAAAUACGCCGCGAUGGCCGUCGACGGCGUCGUCCGGGAUGAAGUCAAAGACGAAUUAUGUCAAUACUAUCAAUUAAAUGGAACAAUGAAAGUGUGUAUUGCGAUUGUUUUAUUAGUGACCAACUGUGUGGGCCAUGAAGUGAAUAUAAAACAAGGGAUUUUGUUGGGAAGUGAGGAAACCUCUUUUCUGAGAGGGACCAAGUAUUAUGCCUUCAAGGGUGUCCCAUAUGCGGAACCACCUCUUGGUUCCUUGAGGUUCCAGCCAUCGAUACCUCAUACAGGAUGGAACAGCAGCUACCCGGCACUCGAAGACAAGCCCACUUGCUACCAAUACAACGCCAAAAUGAGGAAUGAUGAGCCCUUCGGCAUAUCAGGGUCGGAGGACUGUCUGUACCUUAGCGUCUUUACACCAGACACCCAAGGAUCCUUCCCGGUGAUAGUCUUCGACUACAACGACAACUUCAGAACUGGUUUCAAUGGUACUAAGACUUACUCCCCAGAUUUCUUUAUGGAGGAGAACAUAAUAGUCGUCACCAUCCAGCACAGACUUGAUAUAUUCGGCUAUCUUACCACCGAGGAUGAGGUUGUACCAGCUAAUUCGGGCAUCAAAGACUUUAUGCUGGGACUAACAUGGGUGCAGCAGAAUAUAGAAAAAUUUGGUGGUGACCCGAGCCGAGUUACUCUCAUGGGCAGCAGAGGUGGAGCGAUCUUAGCCAAUAUUUUGUUGUACACACAAAAAGCUAGCGGACUCUUCAGUGGGGUGAUCCUUCAAAGUGGCACCGCCAUGGAGCCGAUUCUCUUUGGAAGCGAAACUAGGGAUGUAGCAUUUAAAUUAGGAGAAAUACUAGGUAUAGAGACAAAUCACAGCAAAAUACUGCUAGACGAACUACAAAAAAUUGACGCUGAUACUUUACUAGCAAAAGAAGGUGAGGCAGUGAAUGCAGAUGCUGUAAACACACACCAAAAGAGCACUUUCCCUUUCUCUCCGGUGGUCGACAAUGAUGUCCUACCGAUGCUACCAGAGAAUUGCAAAGUCGUUAACGACGUUCCAGUAUUAAUCGGCAUAAACUCAAGAGAAGGGUUAGAUCUGGCGUCGCAUUAUAUCUUCGAACCGAGACUUCUGACUGACAUGGCGCAGGACUUCCUAUUCCUAUUCCCGAUCCGAACGAACUUCAGAUUUGACAAGCAAAGCUCAGAAUACGAGGAGGCAAUUAAGGAAGUCCAAAACUACUACUUUGAGGAAGGAUACCUAUAUCAUGAUAACAUUCUCGAAUACGCUGUCUAUCUGGCUGAUGUUCUACACAAUUAUGCCUUGGAGAAGACUGUGAAAUCGCUUUCUAAUGAAAUGGAGUCCCCGGUAUACUACUAUCAGUUCGACUACAGAGGUUUGCUGAACGAGAACAGCGAAUACAUGUCAAGAAGGGCCAGAUUCAGUAUGGAGAAUUGGGGUGCCACUGUUGGAGAUGAAUUGUGCUACUUACAUGUCUGUCAGCGAAUUAAGAGGAAGUAUGAGGAGCUGAAGAAACUCGUAAGCGAGCAGCAGGAGAUUAAAGUAAUAAAGAAAAUGGUCCGCCUGUGGGCCAAUUUUGCCAGAACCGGUAAUCCCACACCGGAGGAUGACGCAGUGAUUAAAAAAUUUAAAUGGCUGCCAGUGAAUAAAGGUUCCAACGAAACCAAUUAUCUGCACAUUACAAAGUCUCUCCGAAUGGAUACCAACCCUCUGGGGGAGAGAGAAAAGUUUUGGGAUGAAUUCCUAAUGAAAUAUUCACAAAAAUCUGUCGAUGGUAUUGUUGGAAGUCCUAAACAUGAUGAAUUAUAAUUUGGUUUUUAUUAAUUGGUC